AAUAAACAAUUUCAUUUCAUAACUAUUCUAUGCGUAGCCUCUCGUCCUAAAUGUGGCAUUAACUCAGAAACUCAAAAAAAACAAAAAAAAAAAACAAAUGGAGAUCAAGUUGCUGCUGCUUCUUGUUCUUGAGCUUCUUCCUCUUGCGUUCAUUAAGCAUGCUUGUUCAAGAUCUACCGUCAGAUAUCUCCCUGGUUUCCAAGGCCCUCUUCCUUUCGAGCUUGAAACCGGGUACAUAGGUGUUGGUGAGGCAGAGGAAGACCAGUUGUUCUACUACUUCAUCAAAUCUGAGAGAAACCCAGAAGAGGACCCUCUUCUUAUCUGGUUAAGUGGAGGACCUGGCUGCUCUUCUCUCUCUGGCCUUCUUUUUGAGAAUGGGCCUCUGUCUUUCAACAUUGAGUCUGACAAUGGAGAUAUCCCAUCAUUGGUCUCUACUACAUAUUCAUGGACUAAGGUGGCCAAUAUAAUCUAUUUGGAUCAGCCUGCUGGGACUGGCUUCUCUUACUCAAGAAACCCACUUGCUGAUAUACCAAGUGACUUAAGAUCAGCAAAGCUGGUCAAUGAGUUUGUUCAUAAUUGGCUAGCUAAGCAUCCUGAGUAUUAUUCAAAUCCUUUCUAUGUCACCGGAAACUCUUACUCCGGUAUAGUGGUUCCGGCCAUCGUUCAAGAAAUCUCAAAUGAAUAUGGUUUAUGUUGUAAACCUCUAGUAAAUCUUCAGGGUUACGUGCUGGGAAAUCCUGUAACAGAUUUUGAUAAUAAUGAUAACUGGCGCAUUCCAUUUGCUCAUGGAAUGGCUCUGAUCUCUGAUGAAAACUACCAGCUUCUGAGGAGAAGUUGUAGAGGAAACUAUAUUAUAGUGGAUCCUCUUAACACAGAUUGCUUGAAAUCAGUUAAAGAGUUUGAGAAUUGUGUUUCUGGAUUAGAUGUAACAUAUAUUCUAGGACUAAAGUAUGUAAACGCAUCUGAUCCGUAUGUAAGCAAUCCCUCUGAGCAUCGCAUGUCUGUGCAGUCUAACUGUUGGGCCAAUGAUGAGAGUGUGCGCAGAGCUCUUCAUGUGGAGAAGGGGAGUAUAGGAGAAUGGUUAAGAUGUUAUCGUGAAAUACCUUACAAAUUUGACAUUAGAAGCAGCGUACCAUACCAUAAAAACAACAGCAUCCAAGGAUACCGAUCUCUCAUCUUCAGUGGUGAUCACGACAUGUACGUACCUUUUCUUUCAACUCAAAGACUGGAUAAGAUCACUCAACUAUUCUAUCAUUGAUGGCUGGUGGCCGUGGAUGAUUCACACAACCAAUUCUCUGGGUACAAAUUAACCAGUUUUUGUUUUACAUUUUUGGAUUAAUUUUCUAACAAAUGGACACACACCUUUAAGAUCAAACAAUUUAUUUUGUAUUGCAGAUACACAAGGAAUUAUAAGAUGACAUUUGCCACUGUGAAAGCAAGUCUUACAUGUUCUUAUUACAUUAAUGAAAAGAGCUUUUUUAUAUUUGAGAGUUUCUCAGUUUUUGUGGGUUUUGUUUAUAGGGAUGGUGUAUAAACCAGAGGAGUGCUCUGUCAUGUUCGAGAGAUGGAUUAAUGGCCAGCCUCUGUAACAUUCUAUCUAUCAGCGAUUUGGUUGAAAACCUUUUGCAAAAUCUUGAUAUGGUCAUGUCUACAUAGUUUAUCUCUGGCUUAGAUAUAGCAACACUUACUGUUGUUCAAUUAAAAAAACCUGGUUAAUCUUAACAUUGAUAAGAAUGUCAAUCAGAUAGAAAAAAAGUAACCAAGUGGUCUUGGCCUAGUGGUAAAGGAGUUCCAGCUGGAGCUUCCGCCAUGGAUUCGAUUCCUCUUGGCCACCCAUGAACGUCUUAAGUGGCAAGAAAACCUAAAUUUUUGUGGGUUUCUUGGUGAUUAGUCCUUGGACCUAGAAAGCUUUUGGGAUCACCAAGAUUAUCAAAAAAUAUAUAGAAAAAAGUUACCACGCUAGAGUGAUAAAUCUGGAUAGUCUUGAUUAUGUAAGACCUACACAAAUCAUACAAAGGUGUGUUUAGUGUCUCACCUUACCGUUUUCUUUUCUUCCCCAAAGAGUUCUUCUCCGGCUGGCUGUGGCUUAGAACGCACAACAACUCCAUAGAGCUCUCUCAGUAUCUAUGUCAAAUAUAUACAAGAACAAAAAAAAAAACUAAUGCAUGUUAUGAGUGUACACACAUGACACAUGCAUCAUGCAAAAUCUACAUGCACACAUGCACGAUUUAAACAAUGAUAAUAAACAUUAUCUGAUUCCUACGUAAACAAAUCUCUUUGGGCAUACUUGCUUUCUUGAGUUUUAUCAGCGUGUACUAUAUAAUUUCACCUUUGUGUUAGAGCCUAAAUAAAA